ACGGGGGAGAAGGCUGUCCUUGUGAGAAAGCCGGAGACCCACCGCGAAAGGAGAGGCGCGGGCCCCGUCAGUGGGGUUCAUUGAGGUGACGGAGUCCACCGCUUCCCCUCAGUACAACCAGUUCUGAGACAUCUGGGAUUUGGGGCUUGCAAGCAUAGUGUCCCGUUCAGAUGUUCAGUACUGCUGCACAGCGUAAAUAUGGCAGAGUUUCUAGAACUUGAGGGAACAAUAAACUGGAAAGAAAGAUGUAUAGCUCUGGAGUCCCAGCUGAUAAAAUUCCGCCUCCAAGCAAGCAAAAUUAGAGAGUUGUUGGCAGAGAAGAUGCAGCAACUUGAAAAGCAAGUUAUUGAUGCAGAUCGACAAGCAGAAAAAGCUUUUCAGCAGGUGCAGAUCAUGGAGGAGAAAUUAAAAGCUGCUAAUGUCCAAACCAGUGAGUCAGAGACAAGACUGUAUAAGAGGUGUCAAGAUCUGGAGACUCUGGUGCAGGAGAAAGAUAACAUUAUACAUAAUUUGGAACAACAGCUUGUAGAGCAGAGGCAAAUACGAAUACAAGAAGCAAAAAUUAUAGAAGAAAAAGCAGCUAAGAUAAAGGAAUGGGUGACUGUCAAGCUCCAUGAGCUAGAACUGGAAAAUCAGAACCUUCGCAUGAUCAAUCAAAACCAAACUGAAGAGAUGAGAAUAUUACAGACUAAAUUGCAAGACCUUCAGGGAAAGAAAUCUGUUCCUUCAGCACAAAAACCUGGAGAAGGCCAGCGACUGAGCAGUUUGACUUUUGGAUGCUUCCUAAAUAGAGCAAGAAGUCCUCAGCAAGUUCCUAAGCCUGAAGAUAAAAGAAGUUCCUCAUUGAAGCAAGCUGAACUAAGUGAAAGCAACGGCAGUCUAGAGAAAGAAAUCCAGGAAACAUCUCUUGUUGGCCAAAUGUAUGGGAGUAAUAGAGGUUUGAAGUCUCUACAGCAAAGUUCUUGUAUGCCAGAACAAAGACAGGCAGUGAAAUCAAAAGAUCUAGAUAGUAACGUAUCAAAGAACUCUUGCAUUAAAGUAAGUGACUGGAGUUCUGAUGAGGAGGAAGGAGAGCAAGGAAGAUCUAAAUCCAGGCAUGUAUCUACUGUUUCAAGUCACACAUCUGAAGAAGGCACAGGCUAUAGCAGAAUUGGAAGUGAAAUGUAUUUAACAGCAUCAGAUGACAGCAGUUCUUUUUUGGAAGAAGAGAGCUUCCAAGCUCAGGGAAACAUACACAAAAAACUAUAUUCCUGGCAACAAGAGUCUCCAUGGAAAAGCCAGAAUCAUCUAAUUGGAAAGAGCAAGUUGGAAUCCUUCAGUGAAAAGAAAGAUCAUGAUAACUUUUCAGAUGAAUUGAAUAAGAGAUUUCAGUCCCACAGGCUAGAUUAUUCCUCCUCCUCUAGUGAGGCAAAUACUCCAAGUCCAAUUCUAACACCAGCUCUAGUUCCUAAGCAUCCAACACUGAUGCUGGCAGCAGGCUGUCUGUCUGGCAGACAACUUGAGUUUCCAUCUAAUCUGCCACCUCCAAAGCUGAGGACUCCUAGCGUCUUUACUUUAAGUACAGCCUUGGCAAAAAAACAUUUUAGUCAGCCUCCAUUUUGUUCAGAUAAAAUGUUUGGCAGAAACAGAAAUGCUAUAAGCAUGAUACGUCCUUUUAAGCCUCAGGAAACAGACAUUGAUCAAGUGGAUGGGGAAAGUACAGAUGUUUUGGAGAAGAUGGAGAUUAGUUGUAAUAAGGAAUUUUUUACCUAUGACUCCAGUGAGACUCAUUGUGCAGAAGCCUUGGACUCUAAUGAUGCAAGGAAAACUACAAGCAACAAGCCUCCUACUCCUCCACUGCAUCGAUUCCCUUCUUGGGAAAGCAGAAUUUAUGCUGUAGCCAAGUCGGGCUUACGGUUUUCUGAGGCCUUCAACGUGGACUCCUUCAAUAAAAGUUCCACUUCUUCAACUUCAUAUUCCCCAUCAGGACUCUACACAUCACUAAUAUACAAGAACGUGACUACACCAGUCUAUACAACUCUUAAAGGGAAAGCAACACAAAUCAGCAACAACCCAUUCUUAGAUGACUCUUCUGGGUCUGAAGAAGAAGACAGUUCCCGAUCCAGUUCACGGACAUCUGAAUCAGAUACUCGAAGCAGAAGUGGUCCAGGUAGUCCACGGGCUAUGAAACGAGGUGUCUCUCUAUCUUCAGUGACCUCAGAAGGUGACUAUGCCAUUCCUCCUGAUGCCUACUCAACUGAUACAGAUUACUUGGAACCAGAACAGAAAUUGCUUAAAACCUGCUCUUCAUCUAGUGAUAAUGGAAAAAAUGAGCCAUUGGAAAAAUCUGGAUAUUUGUUAAAAAUGGGUGGUAAAGUAAAGACUUGGAAACGACGGUGGUUUGUACUGAAAGGAGGUGAAUUACUGUACUACAAAUCUCCGAGUGAUGUAAUACGGAAACCCCAAGGUCAAAUUGAACUAAGUGCAUCCAGCCGUAUCGUAAGGGGUGAUGGAAAGCAAACAGUUCAGCUGACUACUGAAAAGCGAACCUAUUACUUGACUGCAGAUUCCCCAAAUAUAUUAGAAGAAUGGAUCAAAGUACUUCAGAAUGUUCUUAAAGUACAGGCUGCAAGUCCACUUUUCAUUCAACCAGAAGUCAAACCUGUCAUGAAAGGCUUACUUACCAAGGUGAAACAUGGAUAUUCUAAGAGAGUGUGGUGUAUGUUGGUUGGGAAAACUUUGUACUAUUUCCGUAGCCAAGAAGAUAAGUUUCCUUUGGGCCAGAUACAGCUUUGGGAGGCUAAAGUUGAAGAAGUUGACCGGUCCUGUGAUUCCGAUGAAGAUUAUGAGGCCAGUGGCCGUAGCCUAUUAUCAACACAUUAUACAAUUGUCAUCCAUCCUAAAGAACAAGGUCCCACUUACCUUCUUAUAGGAUCCAAACAUGAGAAGGGCACUUGGCUCUAUCACCUGACAGUAGCUGCUGGAAGCACAAAUAUAAAUGUGGGAACAGAGUUUGAACAACUCGUCUGCAAAUUGUUAAAUAUUGAAGGGGAACCUACUUCUCAGAUCUGGAGGCACCCUGCUGUUUGUCACAGCAAAGAUGGGAUUACGUCUCCCCUUACAACCCUCCCAUCUGAGGCAUUGCAAACAGAAGCUAUAAAAUUAUUUAAGACUUGCCGGUUGUUUAUAAAUGCUGCAGUGGACUCCCCUGCCAUUGAUUACCAUGUAUCUUUGGCCCAAAGUGCUUUACAAGUCUGUCUCACACAUCCAGAGCUUCAAAAUGAAAUCUGUUGCCAGUUGGUUAAGCAGACAAGAAGAAGGCAGCCCCCAAAUCAUAUAGGACCAGUUCAGGCCUGGCAGCUUUUAGCACUCUGCGUUGGACUAUUCCUUCCACAGCAUCCAUUCCUUUGGCUCAUCAGACUUCACUUGAAGAAGAAUGCAGAUUCUAGGACUGAAUUUGGCAAGUAUGCAAUUUAUUGUCAACGGUGUGUAGAAAGGACACAACAGAAUGGUGACAGGGAAGCCAGACCAUCAAGAAUGGAAAUUCUUUCAACGCUUCUAAGAAAUCCCUACCAUCAUUCCUUACCCUUUAGUAUUCCAGUGCAUUUCAUGAAUGGCAUAUACCAGGUAGUUGGGUUUGAUGCUUCCACCACAGUGGAAGAAUUUCUAAACACGCUCAAUCAAGACACAGGAAUGAGGAAACCAGCCCAGUCAGGUUUUGCUUUGUUUACUGAUGACCCUUCUGGCAAAGAUGUAGAACACUGUCUUCAAGGGAACAUCAAGAUCUGUGACAUUAUUUCCAGAUGGGAACAGGCAUCCAAAGAGCAGCAACCUGGAAAAUGUGAAGGCACAAGAACAGUGAGACUUACUUACAAAAACAGACUCUAUUUUUCACUUCAAAUUCGUGGAGAGACAGAACGGGAAAAGCUGCUGUUAAUGUAUCAGACAAAUGAUCAGAUUGUAAAUGGGCUUUUCCCUGUAAACAAAGAGCUGGCCCUAGAACUGGCAGCACUCCUGGCACAGGUGGAGAUUGGGGACUUUGAACGACCUUUCUCCACUCCAACAGGGCAAGUCACUUCCCAUUCAAAAUCUAAUCAAACAUUAAAACAAGCUGUGGAAAAAUUUUACCCCAAAAGAUAUAGGGAAGGCUAUUCAGAAGAACAAUUGAGACAGCUUUACCAGCGAUUUUCGACAAAAUGGAUGGCUCUCCGUGGUCACAGUGCUACAGAUUGCAUGCGCAUUUACCUUGCUGUUGCUCGAAAGUGGCCUUUCUUUGGUGCCAAAUUAUUUGCAGCAAAACCUGUGAUAAUAUCAGCACUGGAGAGUACUUUGGUAUGGCUUGCUGUUUAUGAAGAUGGCAUAAACAUUCUUGAAUACAGCUCUAUGAGGUUAAUAGUGACAUAUUUAUACAAAAAUCUAAUGACCUUUGGAGGCUUUCAAGAUGACUUUAUGCUGGUGGUUAACAAUGUGUACACACAAGAAAAGCCAACUGAAAAGUUGUUGUUUGCUAUGGACAAACCAAAGAUUCUUGAGAUUACUCUGCUGAUUGCCAGUUAUAUUAACAAUUUCCAUCAGCAAAAGGGAGCUGCUCACCACCUUUCUGCUGCAGCAACGCUGUCUUCACAGGCUGAAAGACAAAAAACUAAAGACGUAGGAUGUCAUCCAUUUUUGUUGAAAAACAGACCAACCAAAGGACCUACUUUGUUAUGAAAAUAUCAUAUACCUGUGAAAAGGCAUACUAGCUGCAUGUUUGUGUAUGUUGGGUGGCUACAUUAGAAAAAGAAAUAGUCUAAUUUCACUUAAAUGAAAUACUAGCGGUACCUCCAAUGAGCCAUUUCUGCUGUCAAGUGACCUCCUUUUUCUGAAUGACUCCUGGGGCACCCAAAGUACCAGGAAAACCAAACAUAUGGAUAUGUUCUCUGUAUGCACCUGUCUGGCUAGGCAGAAGAAACACUGUGAAUCUGGUAAAUAAGUAAUUAGUAGUAAAAGAUAUAAUGCAUUGGAUGCCAAUAGUUUCAAACAUACCCUCCCCAUUCUCCACUUCCUUUGUUAUCCUUUUUAGCUUUCCUAACUUGUUCCUGGAAUGAGAACAUCUAAAGAAAACUUUUAAUUAAGCUGUGUCAGUUUUGCAAUGAGUCAGAUAGCAAAUCAGAUUGUUGGAGAAUUUCACAACACUGAAUUUUGGUGGUCCUCAGGAACCCUGGAGGAAGUACGCUAAACACCGCUACCCAGCACUGUCUCCAUGCAGGUGUAGGAUUGGCAAUAAUGUGUACUAGGUGUCCCCUGGCUCUUUAGAAAUCUUACAUGAGGCCUUGUGUUCUGCUGAUCAGGCUAACUUGUAUUAAGCUAUUAACCAUUCUAGGAUCCCUAGGGCUCCUACUACAUACGCUAACAUGCUAAGCCUUAUGUCCCAUAUCUAUCUAAUGGCAAAAAAUAUAUACCUAUCUAGUAGCAAACUGGAAAAAAUAUAAAACCCUGCAAGAUGACAACAGCUCUGUUUGGGGGCAAAAUUGCCGCAAUCAAAGCAUUCCAGGAAGACAUUCAAUAUCCCAUUAAAUUUGUGCAAGGCAUGUAUGUAUAUGACAUUUGCUCUUGAGGUAGCUAUUUUUACGCUCUUUACUUGCCUGGGAUCUUAUAGUGAAGGGCAGGUAAAAAAAUCAGAAUAAUAAUAAUAAUAACGUUGUUGGAUCUCUGCUACCCAAUUGUGAGUUUCAGAGGGAGCAGGAUUUCCAAUUUGCUAGUUACCAAUGAAGGUAGCAUGUUGAAUCUAAACAAUGUGCUUUAGGACCAGGAUGUAACCAAGUACAAAGUGGACAAAGGAGAAUUCAUAGACUCUGCUUGGUGCAAGGCUGAUUCUUUGAUAUUGUUUCAAAAAUGCAUAGUUAACUCCAGUACAUGUGACUAAAAGCAGAUUCUACACUCCCCACAUCAGCUGAAAGUCAUUGAAUAAUAAGUAAUCAACUGUCAUAUCUGGUGAUCAGGAGUGUAGUUGUCCAGGGUUUCAGGGGGGGUCUUAGACCGCUUACUUUUUUGGGAGCACCGUCCCAAUGUCUCCAGCAUCCUACAAGCCAAUCAGCAUGAACAGGGAGUAUAUUAGCCAGUGAGAGGAGCCUUCUAACAUGCUUCCUUAUCCUUUCAUGCUGAUUGGAGUGCAAGGAGGUGAGUCAGCCACUGAGAAGACUCUUCGUAGUAGCUAACACUUUACCCUUUUAUGCUGAUUGACUCCUAGGGAUGUCUCCAUGGAUCCCAUUCUCAACCCAGCAGCAAAACGGGGGGAGGGGUGUGCCUGUGACUAUAAUGAAGGGACCCUGCAUUUCUGAAUUUGUAGCUACACUACUGCUGGUGAUGUUCUUUCAUGCAUGAAUCAGGACUAGGUGACAUAUAACUUGUCUUAACUGCCUUAUUGAAAACUUACUGAGUGUUUAAAGUCCUGAUAAAAUUUAACUUUAUCCCCAAAUAGAUCUCCCUCUAACUUUUCCAUUAACUCUCUUUACUUUGUGCAUCUAGUCUCUUAGAUUGGAAGCAAGGGUUCAGCUUCUGAUUUAUGUACAGUUCCCGUAGUCACUGUAAAAUACAAAUAUUGUGUUCAAGCUGAUGGAAGGUGUUAAGAUUAUUAUACACAUGCAAAUUAUAACUUGAUGCUGCAGUCAUUAAGUGAUGGUAUGUGUAUGUGAAUUCAACCUUUCAUUUAAACAAAAGACAAAUCUCUCUGGCCAGGUUGGAGUAUUUAGGUUAAAAUAGAAAAGUUAUAAUCACCAGUGGUUUAAAUCACUAAUUUAUAUUGUCAGGUGUAAUCUACAGAUCUAUCAAUUUUCCGCUAAUACUAGUUAUCAAAGUCUCUCACUCCCCUCCACUUAUAAACAUGAUGUUUUUAUUAAAUUUAAUAUGAGGCCUCUGCCUUUUAAUGAGCCAGAGGAGAAGUUUACACAUAUGGAUAGGAGCAAAUAAUGUAGGUUAAUUAACUGUAAAAAAAAAAAACACCAGAGCCAGACCUAGCAACUGUACCUCUGUAGGUAGUCUACUACCAUCCUGUAAUUGCAGAUCCAGGCUGUUAUCCUAUACACACAACAAUUGAGUAGAUAUGCAUAGGUUUGCAGUGUUAACCCACUUAAAUCAUUUGUUUGCUAGUGUUGUAAAUAAUAAGCUAAAGGAGAUUCUCAGAUGUACAGUGAAGGAGGUACUUCUGAGAUGGUGAUAACCUGCAUGUGGAGAUUUUACCAGCACAUGUUGAGCCACUUGUGCAAAAUAACCCCCACUGUUAAAAACUUCAGUUACCAUAUUAGAAGAAACAAUACAUAACUUUACAACUAACACUUUUUGUAGUUUUGCAUGCAAGGACUGUUUGAAGUUAAAAUGAGGUAGAUCUCUCCAUAUGCAGGCUUUUCCACCUCUGAAAUAAGUAUGUAGAUGCCAGGGAAAGUUUGAGAAAUGUUUUUAAUUUAACUGUUUAGUAACUGCAAACAACGAGGUACAACCUAAGUUGCUAAAGCAGUAGAAAGGUUAGAUCAGCAUCUUCAGGCGUAGCUGCUCAUUGCUGGCAGGCCUGUGUAUAAUUCUUUUAAUGCUGGAAAAUGAAAAUAUAGAGAAAUAUUUAAUUUUAAAAUAUCUGUAUGUAUUCAAGGUUUGCAGCAUACAUAAAAAAAUCUGCAUUAGUCAUCGUGUUUGCUGCUUGUCUCAAUGUAUGUUCAUAGUGAUUCCUUAGUACAACUUUUAGACUGCAAAACAGGAUGUAAGAUUUCAUUUACAGUAGUUUUAAAUUAAGAGUAAGCUGAGAUCAAUCACUCUGAUCCAGCAAAGGGGAUCUAAAUGCAUAAGCAGGCUUCUGUGUGUGUAUCACUUACUGAAUUAGGAAUCACUAAUGUCAGCUGGGUGCACAGUACAGUCAAUCAUCUACACGAUGUGCCUAUCCCUACUGCAUUGAUUUCAGUGGGAUAUGCACACAUCCCCAUCUACAUUCUCAUGGAAUUAGUCUCACAUACACAACAUUUUUCACAAGUAACUAGAGUUGGUUUGAGGGAUCUUUAACAGCAAUGUUACAGGAAAACCAUUUAUGUAAAGAUAUUAAAUUGUAUGGGUCCACGUUUGUAAUCCACAAAUGGUGGGCUCCUACUGGGAGAAAUGGCGGGAUAUAAACCUAAUAAAUAAUAAUAAUGAAUUGCUGAAAAAUAACUGCGUUUGUUGAAUUACGUUUAGUAAAGAAAUACUUUAAUAGAACUGGUACUAAAAAAAUAAUUAUAGGACAUUAAUUUAUGUGUAAUAUUUGUAUUUAUUUUUUAUAUUUAGUUGCUUUUUUGUAUAAGGUAUUUGUAUAUGACUGUAAACCACCUAACAAAUAA